AUGACCAGUCAUGGCGUUCCUCGAUCAGCUACCCGUGAAGAGCGGACCAUAGAAGCACGCCAGCGGGAGCUCAAGGAAAUCUCAGAGUACCAGAGGCUCGUAGAAGAAGUCAAUACUAAGGUUCAUGCGAAAGAGUCUACGCCUCAACUCCUCCAACAAACAGCCGAGCUCUUGAGGCGGAAUCCGGAGUACUACACAGUAUGGAAUCAUCGCCGCCGCAUCUAUGUCCACGAAUUCCGAGAUCUUGAGAAACAGGUAUCCGCGAGCGAACUGGACGAGGACCGACGAGUCAGUCAGGUCCUGGACAUCAUACAACUGGACUUACAGUUCUUAUUCCCUUUGCUACUGAAGUUCCCGAAGUGCUACUGGAUAUGGAAUCACCGACUCUGGCUCCUCCAACAGGCUACCGCGCUCCUCCCUGUUGCACAGGCCCGGCCAUUAUGGGAGGAAGAGCUCGGGCUGGUUGGGAAAAUGCUCAGUCGUGAUAGCCGAAACUUCCAUGGCUGGGGUUAUCGGCGGAUCGUGGUGCAAAGCCUGGAAAGCCUGCGUUUGCAGGGGCAGAGCAUGUCGAGACAAGAGCUCGAAUAUACCAAAAAGAUGAUCGGCAUCAACCUGUCCAAUUUUUCGGCCUGGCAUAACCGCACCAAGCUCAUCCUCAAAAUCCUGGACGAGGAGAACGCUACUGACGAUGAGCGCCAAAAGAUGCUGGACGAAGAACUCGAAUUGAUUCAUCAAGCAUUGUUCGACCCGUACGAUCAAUCCUUGUGGUUCUACCACCAAAACCUGAUGUGCACCUUUGACCUUGACCUCGCAGCCAAGAGCAUGGCACCUCACCUCUCCACCGAACAACGGCUCAGCUAUAUUGCUUCGGAGAGAAGGUACAUCGAAGAGGUUCUUGAGGAUGCACAGGACUGCAAGUGGCCAUAUCAGGCACUGAUAGAAUGCACGCUUCUGGAGGCAAAAAUGCAGCAAGGGUUACAGGAAGAUGGGAGGACGAAGAUAUUGCAAUGGUUGACAGAGCUCAAGACCCUGGACCCUCUGAGAAAGGGCAGAUGGUUAGACAUGGAGCGAUCCCUGGUCAAGGCCGCCGCAUGA